ACAGAAGUAUUUCUGCACGACUGGACUGCAUCUAAUUGGAUCCAGCACUUCCUACUACUGUACUGUAUGAGUUAUUUCUACUAAUCCCGUCCGGAGCUCCUUGUAUCAUAAUGCCUUUCCAAUGGGGAAUAGUGGGAGCUGGCAAGAUCUCGCAGGAUUUCGUCACUGCACUGAAAACUAUCAAAUCGGACGAUGGCCAAUGCUUGCAUGAAGUAGUGGCGGUGGCCUCCAGCAGCCUGUCAAAGUCAGAGGACUUCUGUCGCAGGUUUGGUAUUCCGGUGGAGAACGCCCUGGGAUCCUACUUGGAAAUUGCUAGCUGUGAACGUGUUCAAGCUGUGUACAUUGGAACAGUCCACCCGCUUCACUUGGAGCAUGCCAGAAUUGCGAUGGGUGCUGGGAAGGCUGUGCUCUCGGAAAAGCCAAUUACAGUCAACUCCAGGGAGCUAAAGGAAAUGAUUGCUUGCGCCAAGCAGAACAAUGUCUUCCUUAUGGAAGCACUCUGGAGUCGGUUCUUGCCAUCUUAUUGCUACAUUCGAGAGGCAAUCAGUGCUGGUGCCAUUGGUGAGCCUCUAUGCGUCAAUGCAACAUUUGGCUUCAGUAUGCCUGAGGGGGCACCAAUCGAAAGAUUGGUACGCAAAGAAUUGGCGGGUGGAGCCCUCCUUGAUCUAGGAAUCUAUGUGAUGAAUGUUGCAUUGACCGCCUUCAACGAUGCCAAGCCGGAGAAGAUUGCUGCAGCCGGCCACUUGUUUGACAGUGGUGUGGAUCAUACGGUCGGUUUCACCCUGUCGUUUAGCGGUGGACGCACAGCCACGUUUAUGGUUAGCUGCAAUGCAGAUUUGCCCUGCGAAGCGUUCAUCUGUGGUUCGAAGGGUCAGUUGAAGCUGCCCAAGCCGUUCUGGUGUGCCACAGAAGUUGAACACAGUGACGGCAGCAAGAAGUCUUUCCCUCUUCCAGCAACCAGUGACCCGUUCAACUUCUUUAACAGCUGUGGACUGCGCUACGAGGCCGAAGAGGUGCGACAGUGUGUGGAAGCCGGCCGUAAGGAGAGCAGCAUCAUGUCCCACGAGCAUUCCCUGCUCUUCAUGAGCAUACUGGACGAGCUGCGCCGACAAGUGGGAUAUAGCCUUCCGCAGGACUCGGCGUAACUGUGCAAACAACAGUUCUUUGGGUUUUCUCCGUUCGUGUGUGUCAGAUCUGUCGUGCCUGGUUACCAAUUUCACAAGUUCAAGGACUUGUUUGCUAUUUUAGUUAACCAAAAAUUCCAGUUCUGUACUUCGUACAAUCCAAGAUUUUAAUCCAGAAUUUUCAGUUAUUACUUUAUAGGAAGUUCUGUAAUUAGUUGUAAUGGCAGGUCCAUUGUGUUACAGUACAAUUUUAUGUCAUUUAGGCAGAAUAAUAGUUCUUAGGCUCAUGAACUGAAACCUUUUAUUUGCAUAUGGUUCACCUGAUCUAGAAUAAUUAUGUUUGUUGCGAUGUGGCGAAACUUACUACCCCCAUUUUAGCACUGUCCAUGUUAAUUUUUGUUUUACUGCAAAGCAGUGGUGAAAGCUGCAUUCUGGACUCUUGAA